CUAAUAGUGCGGUAGUCUAUUAUUAGCUUAACACGUGUCGCACAGCCCAGUCGAUGACUUUUGGUUAACCUUCUACAAAGCUACUUUUACCUGAAAACUAAUGAUUUUGGGGAACACACGAUAAUCAAGAUGUUGGACAACGAAAUGAACCAGAACGAAGUUAUGCUCCCUCGGGCGCUAGACUCACUGGCUAUGCCAUUCGAGAGCGCCUCCUCAUCAUCUAUGAUGCCCGAAAUUCCUAAGGGAGGACUUCUUGUCAGGGUGUGCUAUGCAGGAGCUUGCUACUCUGAGGGAAUGCUGAGGAGAAAAGAGAUCCGACCCACUCUUCCAGGUAUACACGACAACUCUCUCUACCCAGGACUGGAGAUAUCUGGUGUGGUCCAAGAUGUUUGCGCAUCACUCCCGAACGGCAACUUCAGCACUGGAGACAAGGUUGUCCUAUACCCUGAUGAAAAUUUAGUCGACUCUGGCUACAGUGAAUACUUAGCCGUGGAAGAUGUACAGAACUGCCUACAAAUUCCAGAAAACAUUCCGCUAGAGGUCGCCGCCAUGCUUCCAGGUGGCGCACUGUCCGCAUACAGUGCCCUAUUAAAAGCCAAACCUCAUGUGGAGAAACUUCAAGAAGUGAAAUCCUGUGUGAAUGUACUGGUGGUGGGUGCGGGUGGUCUGGGGCUGUGGGCAGUGAAGCUGGCUCAAUUCCUUGUCGGGCCACAUUCCAACAACAUCCGCCUGUUUGUUGCUGACAACAGUAUCGACAAGUUGUUGACUGCGCAGGACCAUGGCUGUUACGACAUCAUCCACUGGAACGAAGAGGAUCACGAGCAGUACAUCAUAGAGAGAACGCUGGACGCCUGUCGCGGUGGCGUCGACGUCAUCGUGGACUUCGUCAGCUCUCCCCGCACCAUGCAGAGAUCUCUCAAGAUUCUCAAUAGGGAAGGCCUUAUCCUUGUCGGCGGAAACACGAUGUCUGAAGUGAGCAUAAAUCUGAACUCAUUGGCUGCCAAACAACAAUCAAUCGUCGGGAUCCCCAAAGGUUCCUUCGCCCAGCUCAGGGACCUCGUAACCGCGGUAUCUGAAGGGGCCGUGACGCCACCAACCUACACUGUUUACCCCGCGGAAGAUGCUGCACAAGUGUUCGAUGACUUAGCCAGAUGCCGAAUCACCGGCAGGGCAAUUUUAUGUUUUGGAAAUCUUACAAAUGAUCAUGCGAUGGUAAACAACAACUAAAUGCCGCCACAUUAAUGACAAAAAGCGUGUUCAAUCACUGUGAUCUACUCGGGUCUAAAACGUGGAGUGCUGUCUCCUAAUCCCACCGCACUACAAGGGGCGGUAGGGCGCUUCGACAAGGCGGUCUAGUGGACUUUGAAUGGCCAGUUCAAUAAGUAGGAAGAUGCGGGUAUGUUUGUAUCAAGGGCAUGCUGAUAGGUCCCCGAAACUACUUCAAAAUAUGGUGCUGCCUCUCUAUAUACUAUUGAACACUCGCCAAUCAUCAACGCCAACGGGAGAGACCAUCGGAGACGUCAAUAUUGGUAACACUGGGUUGACAUCUCAUCUCUGUUCAUAUGAUAACAAAGUGUUAUGUCAAGUUUCUAACGAAUGGAUUGUAAAUCUUUAGAAUAAUACUUGAUAGUUAUAGAAGUCGGUCUAAACACAUUGGGCUGCUACGUUUCGAACAAACUUUGAAUCAAUAUGUUCUCGUGUUGUUGUCAGAUGUGAGAGCAUUAUCGACAAGAACAAAUGGUAUUCUGCUUUAACGAUCUCGUUACGCUGAGAUGAAACGUUAGGUGCGAGCGGACUAUAAAGAGAUCUGACUUGUGAUUCUUACCAUGAUAUAUAUACUCUUCAUUGCAUCAAAUGUUUGUGUACUAGAAAAAAAGGUUGUGCUUGUCUGUGCGAUAUUGUGUCCAACAUCGAGGUCAAUUCCACGACAGGACUAUGUCACCGAGUCAUUGUAAUAUCGUUAUACAUGUUCAAAUAUUGUAAGUAUUUGUGUUUUGAAUAUAGUUGCACUUAAUUGAUUUGUGUAUGGGAAUGCCAUUCCACUCAAUGUUCGGUCGAAUACGUGUUGGGAGAAAGGCUGAGCAAUAGACUGUUAUUUAUUAUGGUGAGGUGGGUGAGAGUGUUGGGAGUGACGCGUACGUGACCUAAUUCUAGUAUUUAAGUGCUGAGUAUAAUUCUCCUGAAGCUAUUGUGAUAGGAAGUAAAUGUUCUGCUAUGAAUGACGAGUAUGCGACAUAUAUUCUUGUUAAAAGUGAACGUCUGAAUGGGAAAAAUUAGCGGUUUUUGUACUAUUAUGAAGUUACAAAUUUUUGAUUUUAUAAAUUAAAAAAAUGUGAUCAAACUUUAAA